UCUUACCUACACAUAAAUGAGCUUGUAGAUUUUUCUUGUAUUGAAUACAGAAAAGACAAAGACAUUAACAACGGAUCCUUAUUUUGAAAGCAUAUACCGUAUUCAUUUCAUUCACCACUUAUAUAAAUCGUACACGUAACUUAUCACCAAAACCACUCUUCACUGUUAAUUCUCAUUUCUAACCCCUCACUGACCACCGGAGAUGAAUCUCCGGCGAGUCUCUUUCUCCUUUUUCUUCUUCCUAUAUCUUCUCCUCACCCCCAAUUUCUCCUCCGCCGCCGCCUCUGAUGAAAAUCUCUACCGGAAAAAACACAAAAUCUCAGGUCCGAUUAAAACCGUGGUAGUCAUCGUCAUGGAGAAUCGCUCCUUUGACCAUGUACUCGGUUGGCUCAAAUCAACCCGACCCGACAUCGACGGACUCACCGGCACCGAGACAAACCCGAUCCGAGUCUCCGACCCUUCUUCCCCCAAAGUUUCAGUCUCAAACGACGCCGUUUUCAUUGACUCCGAUCCCGGUCACUCGUUUCAAGCUAUCAGAGCACAAAUAUUCGGAUCCAAUGAAAGCUCGUCUAACCCGGCUCCGAUGAACGGUUUCGCUCAACAAGCCGAGCAAACUCUCAAAGGAAUGUCGAAAACCGUUAUGAGCGGGUUCAAACCGGAGGUUCUCCCGGUUUACACCGAGUUAGCUAACGAGUUCACGGUUUUCGAUAAAUGGUUCGCUUCAGUUCCUGCUUCGACUCAACCGAACCGGUUUUAUGUCCACUCCGCAACUUCUCACGGUGCUAUGAGUAACGUUAGGAAGAAUCUCAUCCACGGUUUCCCUCAACGCACAAUCUUCGACUCGCUCAACGAUAACGGCGUUAGUUUCGGUAUCUAUUACCAAAACAUCCCCGCAACGCUAUUUUUCAAGAGUUUGAGAAAGUUGAAGAACACUGUCAAGUUUCAUAGCUAUGGUUUGAAGUUUAAGAGGCAUGCCAUGAAGGGGAAGUUACCGAAUUAUGUGGUGGUUGAGCAGCGUUACUUCGACGUGAAGGUUUCUCCGGCGAACGAUGAUCACCCUUCUCAUGAUGUGGCUAUAGGACAGAGGUUUGUGAAGGAAGUGUAUGAGAUAUUGAGGAAGAGUCCUCAGUGGAAAGAAAUGGCGAUUUUGAUAACUUAUGAUGAACAUGGUGGGUUUUAUGAUCAUGUUCCUACACCGGUUGAAGGUGUUCCUAACCCUGAUGGGAUUAUUGGGCCUCACCCUUAUUAUUUUAGGUUUGAUAGAUUGGGUGUUCGUGUUCCCACUUUUCUGAUCUCUCCUUGGAUUGAUAAGGGUACAGUGAUUCAUGGACCUGAUGGACCAACACCAUAUUCUCAAUAUGAACAUUCAUCUAUUCCUGCCACAGUAAAGAAGCUUUUCAAUUUAAAAUCCAAUUUCUUGACAAAGAGAGAUGCAUGGGCUGGUACCUUUGAGAAAUACUUUUACAUUCGAGAUACUCCUCGUGAUGAUUGUCCAGAAACACUUCCUGAAGUCAACACUAAUCUAAGGCCAUAUGGACCUAGAGAAGAUUCAAGUCUCUCAGAAUUCCAAAUGGAACUGAUUCAGCUUGCGUCUCAGCUCAACGGCGAUCAUGUACUCAACUCCUAUCCGAAUAUCGGGAAAAGUAUGACAGUAAAAAAAGCAAACAGGUAUGCAGAAGAUGCAGUGAAGAGGUUUCUUGAAGCUGGAAAAGCUGCACUUAAAGCUGGUGCUAAUGAAUCUGCUAUUGUCAUAAUGAGACCUUCUCUUACCAGUAGAGCUUCUGUGGAAUCUUACUAAUUCUUUCACAACUCUGAGGUGUAAAUAUAGUAGUAUAUAUAUAUAUACGUUUAGCUUGUAGUAAACUUAAGAAAAAUGUACUAGUUGUCUUGGUAAACAUAUUUUCAGUAAGAACAGUUAACUAGAUAAUUAGUUAGUUAUUAUGCUAGAAAAAUGUUUAAGUUAUUUACUUAGUUGAUAAUUAAUCAUGUGGUGGUGGUGGUGGUUGGUUGAACUUUACGAAGAAAUCAAGUAUUGUAAAUUUGUGAUCAA